GCGUGCGCAUCGCGGCGCACAUCGAGCACAGAGAAAACCUGCAGACGCGAAUCGCUUUGCCAAAUACGGCUAACCUUUCCCCGGUGCGACGGACAUACCCUGAGCCCUGUGUUGGUUUAGCUGAAAUAUCGCAGCGACGCUGACAUCUUUGAGGGAUGGCUGAUUCAGAGUUAGAAACCUUUACCUCUAUCAUGGACGCUUUGGUUCGCAUUAGUUCCAACAUGAAGAGUAUGGAGCAGGAGCUGCAUUGCCCGAUGUGCGAUGAGAUGGUGAAGCAGCCCAUCCUUCUGCCGUGUCAGCACAGCGUGUGUCUGCUGUGUGCGGCCGAGGUGCUGGUACAGAGGGGUUAUCCUCCUCCAGACCUCCCCCCAGAGCCCAACUCGCCGGCCUCCACGCCCAACACUCGCUCCCCGCGACAGGCUCGAAGACCCACACCCAGGACCCCUGACCGCCUGGAACGGGUCCUCAGAACAGGUGGAGAAAGCAGAUGUGGAGCUCAUAUGGUGUGCGGGACGUACCCAGGGCGGAGACGGAAGGAAGCAGCCCCUCCCCCCAUGCUGUUCCCGUGUCCUUCCUGUCAGCGGGACGUGGAGCUGGGAGAGAAAGGCCUGACAGACUGCCUCCGCAACCUCACACUGGAGCGGAUAGUGGAGAGGUACAGGCACACAGUGAGUCUGGGCAGUGUAGCCAUCAUGUGUGGUUUCUGUAAGCCCCCCCAAACUCUGGAGGCCUCCAAAGGCUGCGCUGAUUGCAAGUCCAACUUCUGCAACGAGUGUUUCAAACUCUACCACCCGUGGGGAACCCCCCGAGCUCAGCACGAACACAUUCUGCCCACCAACAACUUUCGGCCGAAGGUCCUAACGUGUACGGAGCAUGAGCAGGAGAGACUGCAGUGGUACUGCCGCGACUGCCACAGGUUACUGUGCCCGCUUUGUAAGCUGCGUCGUGUCCACCAUGGGCACAAGGUGUUGCCGAUAGCACAGGCCUACCAGGCCCUCAAGGACAAGGUGAUCAAGGAAGUCAACUUUGUGCUGGCCAACCAGGAGACAAUACAGAGUCAGAUCAAUCAACUGGAAGCCGCCAUCAAACAGAUGGAGGCGAACAGUGCGGUGGCUUUGCAUCAGCUGACCCACUGUAUCCGAGAGCUGGGAGCAGCCGUAGCGGAGCGGCAGGGGGCGUUGGCUCUGGCCCUGGAGGGGUCGCGCAGCAGGAGGGCAGAGGCCCUGUCGUCCCAGGUCUGGGAGAGGCGAGGCCUGCUGGAGCACGCCGGCCUGAUGGCCUACACGCAGGAGCUGCUGAAGGAGACCGACCCCCCCUGCUUCGUACAGGCUGCCAGAGUCACCCACGGCAGGCUUGUGAAGGCCAUAGAAAGCCUCCAGUGUUUCUCUCUCUCAGCUGACCCCUCCUUCAGGAACUUUUACCUAGAUGCAUCCAAAGAAGUCAAGCUCAUGCACAGCUUGGAGUUCAUAAAUGCGCCAGUGGCUCCGGUCAUUGACACCCAGAAGACCCUUGCGUAUGACCAGUUGUUUCUGUGCUGGCGCCUCCCUCAGGACUCGGCCCCAGCUUGGCACUUCUCCGUCGAAUACCAGCGACGAGCAGGAGGGGCUGCAGCCGUCUGGGGCGGCACCAGGUCGCCCAGUGCUGCGAGCGCAUGGCUGCGACAGGAUGAAGUGAGAGGAACCAAUGCUGUGAUUAAUCGGCUUCAGAUGGAUAGUGUGUACGUGCUCAGGGUGAGAGGCUGCAACAAGGCCGGGUUCGGAGAGUACAGCGAAGAGGUUUACCUCCACACUCCACCGGCACCUGUGUUGAGCUUCUCCUUGGACUCACGCUGGGGGUUGCACGCUGACAGGCUGGCAUUGGGCAGAGGGCAAACGUACGCUCGCAGCGUGCCGGGCCUCUCGCUCCUGCAGGCCGCCGACCGCACGCUCACUUCUUGCCACUUGACCUCUGACCUGCUGGUCGCCGACUUGGCCGUCACUCAAGGCAGACACUACUGGGCAUGCUCUGUGGAGCCUGGUUCCUAUCUGGUGAAGGUGGGAGUGGGACAGGAGGCUAAACUACAAGAGUGGUUUCAUCUCCCCCAGGACAUGGCCAGCCCCCGCUGCGACCCAGACAGCGGCCAUGACAGUGGGGCAGAGGACGGCCAGGACUCUCCUCCCUUCUGCUUCCUCACAAUAGGCAUGGGCAAGAUCCUGUUUCCUCAUGGACGCGGUGACACUCAGAGCCAGGGGGACGGCCAGAGCCUGGGGGCAGUGCACGCCCCCGGUACCGGCCACAAUAACCUGCCUCACCCUCAUACUGCCCCCCUGCCACCCCGGCUGGGGGUGUGCCUGGACUGUGACAAAGGACAUGUCACCUUCUACGACGCCCACUCGUUGCGGGUCCUCUGGGCGGGACACAUGGACUGCUCGUCUCCAGUGUGUCCGGCCUUCUGCUUCAUCGGCGGCGGCGCCCUCCAGCUGCAGGACCUGGUGGCCAAUCGGAGCGUCGAGGAGCCGUCGCCGCGGAGGGUAACUAUCCAAGCGCGCGCCACAAAUCUCGGCAAGUAGAUUGUAGUGUGACACAGCUGAUUCAGCGGUUCAACUUGAUGUCAGUAAGGAUAAACGUGGCUUGUGUUCACCAUUUAUUGUAGCUCAGUAAUGAACUGCCUUGAUCCAGGGACAUUUUGAUGCUCGACGAAAUCUGUCACUGGUGAAUAUGGUUGCGUUUUUUUCCUCUUAAGAUCAUUGGUGAGAUUAUAGAAUACAUAUGUAAUGUUCUUUUGCAUUUGUAUUAUCUUCUUUCUUUCUUUUUAAUUGAGUAAUGCUCCCAUGGACAUUGUGGCUGAAGUGAUUUUAGACUAUGCAGAAUUCUGUUGACAGGGUGAGAGUAGAUGCCCUUUAUAAACAGGCUCAAUCAGUUUGCAAUGUAAAAUAAAUGUCUACUCUUCUUUUACACAUGUCUUAAUGUGUUCCAAAAUGAAUGGACAGCAAAAGUUGCAUGCAAGUGUAACGAGGAUUUAUGACUUACAUAUAUGCAGAUGACUGACUGUCACCUUGUAAAAGCACCUCAGAUGUAUGUGUCGAAUUUUAUGUCUUUAUUUUGAAUGUAACCUCAAGAGGUGUUAAUGAUGUGUAUGUCAGAAUUAGAGAAUGUGAAUAUUCUUUGGUUGUUGAAUUGUGUCACGUCAGCCUCUUGUGUCUCUGUGAGUAAACUUUUUCCUUUUUGGCUAGCUGAGCACGCUGAACAGUUGCCUCAAGGUUUUCAAAAACAGUUCUGAGGAAAAAUGUUCUUAUGAUGCUGUUUGACUCAAUAAUAUGUGAAUACGUUUUUUUUACAUUUUGGAAAUGAAAGUGGCCUACCAGUUUUGGUGGAACUCCACAAAUGAAUGAUGAGCUGUGUUGUUUAAGGAAGUGGAUUUAUUAAAGUAAUGCAAUUUGCCUCAUAGGGCUUUACACUCUGUACACUUGCCUCAUCCUGUGUCCCAAAAAACCCUUGCAUCGGCACUGGAAAAACUCCCCCAAAAAUGAAAAAAACCUUUAACCUUUAAACGCAGAACCUUGAGGUAUAACGGCACAGGACGGACCGCGGGACAGACAGAAUGCAAUGGAUGUCAUGUGAACAGAAUGAACGACCUCGACAAUGUACAGUACGUUCAAUUCAUACAAUAAAGAUGAUUCAGAUGUUGAGAGUAGUUAGCAAGUGUAAGGCAGGACCACCGCAGGGACAACCACCAUCCAGAUAUAACCACAUUUAUAUAGUAAUAAUGAUUUGUAUAGAAGGAGAGGGAGAGAAAAGAGGAGAGAGGUGUACCCUCCAUAGCAGCUGAUCUAAGGGCUGGUCCAGACUAACCUGAGCCAGCCCUUACUAUAUGCGUUAUAAAAGAGGAAAGUCUUGAGCCUACUAUUAAAUAGAUAGAGUGGGAUGAGGAGAGGUAUUUCUUAUGAGCUCUGGACUUAAAUGGAUUUCCUACUAAAGCAAACAGUAGCUGAUUUACUUGAAUAAGCUGUAUUGUCUGAGGAAUGUAAGAGCCCAGUUGCAUUUCGUGUCAGUUCAAGAGAUUGUCUAUAUUGUAAUAUUUAUUAUUGACUAGCUCCGUCUGUAUUUUGAUAUGAAAUAAGGAGUUUCUGAUUUAUACUUGUGUGUGUGUGUGUGAACUCUGGCUGGGACUGUCUCCAAUGACGUGUCCAGACGCCUCUUCCUGUGUCUCAGCACAGCACUUGAAUGACUUUAGACCGUAUGCGGAAAUCAGAAUCUAUUCAUUUAGAUUUAGCUUUGGCUAGUAGAAUGUUUCUAUCAUGUCAUGAGAAAAACAAUAAAUGAUUGCUAACCAUA